AUGGAUCUUGGCUCUGGAAUUAUCAAUUUUUACGGUUCUUGCCCUGGCGGUUUGAUGAAAAAAUUGCUUAGAGAAGACUUGGAGCAGGUGCGAAAGAUCAAGUCCCUACAAACGACCUACGCGAAAGAUGCGCUCUAUGGAUGCUUAUAUGGCUGUGGCGGUGACUUGAGCAUUGCCAAUAAUUUCAUCGUCGCUAUAGACUCACUUGAUGAACUUUCUGUCAACAACUAUGAGAAGGAUAGCUUGACGCUUCACUCGACACCUGAAUAUUACGACUUCAUUACCGUGACGCCGGCGAUAGCACGAAGGAUUGUCGCUGGGUUUCCGCGUCUCACGCAUCUGACUGCAGAUAUCAGCGCUCGGGAAGCAGAGAGGCUGUUUGAAGAGGCCGCUGGUUCUUCCGACCGCGGGCAGCCACAAGAAAGCACAACGAUCGACGAGUUGGUGAAGAUGGAUCGUCUCGAAGAGAUACAGCUAGCCGUCAACCUCAAUGACAGAGCGUCCGCCUUCGCAGGCGAGAAUAAAUAUGAUGUGAUGGGUAGCAACUCAUUUCCCGAUGUCAAUGUCGAAAACGCUCUGGUUUUGGCUCGGGCCAUUUUCAACAAAUUUCACGAAAGCAGCGCACAAUCUUCCUUGGAGAAGGUGGCGAUUCGAUUUUCUCGCCACUGCUUUUCCGACCGUUUCCAAUAUGACAUUGUAAUGACCACCGUACAAUUGAUAAAGGACGGACCAGGAUUUAAGACGGAGGCAGAUGAAGGAUGGGAUUGGAAUCCCAAAAGGGUAUCAAUGGAACUUUGGAAUCAAAUUGUCCAGGCCAACAGCGAGAUUACUGGGCGGGCUGGCUGA